UCUAAUGACAACCGGCCCGAGUCCGGGCGCUCGGCGGAGAGCAACCACAAGACCUCGCUUUCGAGCAGCGCCGACCCGAAUCAGGCCCUAAAUGGGGAGCGUGCAAGUAGGUGGAUCGUCGGGUCGAGCGGUUUCUCCCUACGCGCAAUGCAGCAUCGCGACCGCGAGGGCAAAGUGAUCACGGAACCCGACGUGUCGAAUCCUACCCGCUAUCGGUUCGAGCGACCUCUGGACACAAUUCGGUCUUUCGAGGCUGCGAUCGAGCGACGCAGGCGGGAA